UGGAUAACUAACACGGAUAAGGCUGACACAUUCAGCUGAUGAUGUCAAUUACACCCCCCAACAAAUCCCAUAAUCUUUCUUGUACUCAAAUACAACUCUGAAACACCCUCCUAUUAAGAGACACUCAAGUUCCGUGUUCACUUUCAUAGUUUUCUUUGCGGGGUUUAAGCAUUUGAACAGAAAACAAAUUUGCAGAGAGAAAACAAAUCAAGAAAAUGGGCACUGAGGAGUCCAAGAAACGCCCUCUUGUCUUUGCUUACUAUGUUACCGGUCAUGGCUUUGGCCAUGCCACUCGAGUUGUUGAGGUCGCUAGAAAUCUCAUCCUAGCUGGGCAUGAUGUUCAUGUCGUCACGGGUGCACCUGACUUUGUCUUUACAUCUGAAAUACAAUCUCCUCGGCUUUUCCUGCGCAAGGUAUUGUUGGAUUGUGGAGCAGUUCAAGCUGAUGCUUUGACAGUGGACCGUCUUGCCUCACUAGAGAAGUAUUCUGAGACCGCUGUUGUACCACGUGCAUCCAUCUUGGCAACGGAAGUGCUGUGGCUCAAAUCCAUCAAGGCAGAUUUUGUGGUAUCAGAUGUUGUUCCAGUUGCUUGCAGGGCAGCAGCUGAUGCUGGAAUUCCAUCUGUUUGUAUCACCAACUUCAGCUGGGACUUCAUCUACGCAGAGUAUGUAAUGGCAGCUGGAAAUCAUCAUAGGUCAAUAGUGUGGCAGAUUGCAGAGGACUAUUCCCAUUGUGAAUUUCUUAUUCGGCUGCCAGGAUAUUGUCCAAUGCCUGCUUUUCGUGAUAUAAUUGACGUGCCGUUGGUUGUAAGGAGAUUGCACAAAUAUCGCAAAGAGGUGCGGAAAGAACUUGGAAUUGGGGAGGAUGUGAAAGUUGUUAUUCUGAACUUUGGUGGACAGCCCGCAGGUUGGAAGUUGAAGGAGGAGUACUUACCAACUGGAUGGUUAUGCCUGGUUUGUGGUGCCUCUGAGAGCCAGCAACUACCUCCAAAUUUCAUAAAGCUUGCAAAAAAUGCAUAUACUCCGGAUAUAAUGGCCGCAUCAGACUGCAUGCUAGGAAAAAUUGGAUAUGGUACCGUUAGCGAGGCCCUGGCUUACAGGUUACCAUUUGUAUUUGUUCGUAGAGACUACUUUAAUGAAGAACCAUUUCUCAGAAAUAUGCUUGAGUAUUAUCAAGGUGGUGUUGAGAUGAUCAGAAGGGAUUUACUUACUGGACAUUGGAGACCUUACCUUGAACGUGCAAUGACUCUGAACCCAUGUUACGAAGGUGGAACUAAUGGUGGUGAAGUUGCAGCUCGUAUUUUACAGGAUACAGCUUAUGGUAAAAACUAUACAUUAGACAAGCUGAGUGGGCCAAGAAGACUGCGUGAUGCCAUAGUUCUUGGAUAUCAAUUGCAAAGAGUUCCCGGUAGAGAUCUCUGUAUUCCAGAUUGGUAUGCAAAUGCCGAAAGUGAACUUGGUCUUCGCACAGGAUCACCUACUGCUGUAACAGCUGAAAAUAACUCUCUAACAGACUCAUAUCCUCAGGACUUUGAAAUUCUCCAUGGAGAUUUUCUUGGUCUGUCAGAUACGCUAAGUUUCUUGAAGAGCUUGGCAGGAUUGGAUGCUUUGGUUGAUUCCCCAACUAAAACAGGAAAGCACAGCAUUAGGGAGCGGAAAGCUGCCGCUGGUCUUUUCAAUUGGGAGGAAGACAUUUUUGUGGCAAGAGCACCUGGAAGGCUAGAUGUGAUGGGUGGAAUUGCUGACUACUCUGGAAGCCUUGUUUUACAGAUGCCAAUUAGAGAAGCCUGCCAUGUUGCUGUUCAAAAGAUUCACCCUAGCAAACAGAGGCUGUGGAAGCAUGCUUUGGCUCGGCAGCAGGCCAGAGGACAAGGCCCUACCCCUGUGCUUCAAAUUGUGUCAUAUGGGUCAGAACUGAGCAACCGUGGUCCAACGUUUGACAUGGACUUAUCAGAUUUCUUGGAAGGGGAUGAACCCAUAACUUAUGAGAAAGCGAGGCAGUAUUUUGCCCGAGAUCCUUCCCAAAGAUGGGCUGCAUAUGUUGCUGGCACAGUUCUAGUUUUGAUGAAGGAACUUGGCAUAUGCUUUGAGAAUAGUAUUAGUUUGCUGGUCAGUCCAACUCCAUUACCCAUUGCCUUGUCGUCUCCUAGCUGGAAAUUGUUUGCUUUCCAUCUAUUACUUGAAUAACUGAAAUUACAGGUGACAGUUCUAUGUUUCUCCUCUAUGCACCACCAUUCAAUGGUAACAUCUCCAUUAACAUCCUGAUAGUAUGUGCUGCUUACGUACUUGUCUCCAUUUCAUGUGAACAUAAUUUCAUCCUGAAAACUUUUUCUAGUUGAACUUUCGGGUAACUAUAAGAUUAUACCACUCCAUAAUAUCCACUCAUGUUGUCAUAAACUCACUAUUUCAAACAAUAUUUUUUUCUGACCUGUCAAACUCUCUGAUGUGGUCCUUCUGUUAGUUUACAGAUAUGUACAUAAUGUAGUCCUUGUAGAGUA